UUAGCGUCCUUGCUGAGGUUGGGCUUGCCCAUUCCACUUUCUGACUGGAUGACAACAUGCAACUGUGGUGCCUCCCUGGACAGCAGUGGGUACCAUCUGCUAACAUGCAAAACCGGUGGAGGGCCAGUUUGGUCGCACGAAUCGCUUGCAUCAGUCUGGUCUGAUUGCCUGCGGGAGCUGCACAUCCAUCAUCGAAGGGAACCGAGGCAUCGGUAUGCCAAUUCCAAUGACCGGCCAGACAUUGUAGCCUUCGACUCAGACUCUGGGUGCAAUGUGGAUCUGGACAUAGCUCUAGCACACCCAUGGAGCUCGGACAUCUUCCCUAGAUCUUCGGAAACAGAUGGCGCCGCUGCUGAGAGAAGAGAGGAGAGAAAAAAGUCAAAAUACGAGAAGGAUUGUCUACCAGGUGGAACUGCUGUCAGUCUCAUUCCUCUGGUUAUGGAGCAUUUUGGACGCUGGGGUGUCAUGGGAAGAAACUUCCUGCAGAAACUAGCAAAGAAAUCAUGUGACGAAAUUGGUAGACCAAACGCUGCAGAGUUCCUUGACUUUUGGCGAAAAAGAUUCUCCCUUCAGCUGCAAAAAUGCAAUGCCAAAGUCAUACUGAGGAAGAUGGCAAGCUUGUCAAGUGACACAAGUAGCGCUAAGUACUCAACCCAGUUCUUUAGCCACUAGGCUGACCUGGGUUAUCUUUUAAGUUAAGUUGUUACUGUUUUUUAGUGCUUUUUCCUGUGUACUGUAGCACCUAAAACAUUAUGUCAUUGCCUAGCACUCUUUGUAUGAUAGAUGAAUGUUUGAAAAUAUAUGUGAAAGACAGACAGACAGACAGACAGACACACAC